AUGCUGAGUCUUGCCUCUCUCUGCGUGUCCGGUAGCCAGGCUGCUGCAGCUGCUAAAGCUUCUCCUGAAUCUCGUUGCCCUUCUGGUUCUGGGUCUGAAUGCCCCCCUACUGCACCUGGUGUUGUCCCUGGAUCUAGUGGUUCUUGUCCUACUGGUACCCAACCUUGUACUGUUCCUGAUGCUGCCGCUGCUGCUGCUACUGGUUCAUGUUCUGGUGUCUCUUGUACUCCUACUUCUCAAGAUGCAUCAGUUGGUAGUAAUGGUGGUGGGGAUCGAUCUAAAGUAACAGCACCUGAGUUAACAGGAAAAGCAGGUCAAGCUUCUGCUGGCGAAGUUGCUGCUGCUGGUGAAGGAGGUCGCGCUGGUGCUCAAGCUGACCAGGAAACUCCGGUACAUCAAGGUGAACAAGAGGCUGCUGCACCAACUGAUACUACUGGGAGACCUGAGGCACCUGCAAGUGAACCUAACACUGGAAACAGCAGCAACAAUGAAGGAAGUGGAAGUGAAACAUCACAACCUCCAUCUUCUCCUAACGGUACAGCCCCAGCGAGUGAAGCUGGUUCUAAUCCCGUAUCGAAUGAGAACGAACGUACAUCUGAAGGGAGUGAAGCAACAAGUACCCAAGAAGGUGAUGCAAGUAAUACAGACACCACCACCACCACCACCACUACCACCACCACCACAACAACAACACUUCCUCCUGAACUCACAAACAACAAGAAGGGUGAUGCAGACAGCAGCAGCAGUAUCAGCAGUUCUGUGUGGGUACGUUUGCCACUACUGAUUGUGGUUACACUGGCCUGUAUUCUUGUGUGCUGA